UUAGUCUCGAUCCACACUUUUGGAACCAGAUUUGAAGAAUGAUUCGUGAAGCCGUAAUGGGUGACAGCGUCAUCACAGCAUUUCAUUGACCAUGGAUCCUUAUGAUACACCAGAAUCGACUCCGAGGCACGGUGCAUCCUCAAGGCUUAAAGAUUAUUUUAUAGGUGCCACCCCUUUGCGGAAACGAUUAGAAUCAGUCAGGAAGCAGGCUUCAUUUGUCCCGACUCCACCUCGAAGGAAAAUUCCUCAGUGUUCACAAUUACAGGAAGAUAAUGAUCCUCAAAAGUUUGCGUUUCUUCUGCAUAAACAAUGGACUUUAUAUAGUUUAACUCCCCUAUAUAAAUUCUCCUAUACUAAUCUCAAAGAGUAUUCUAGACUUCUGAGUGCAUUUAUUGCUGCUGAAAAGCAAAAAGGGCUUGCUGUUGAAGUGGGAGAAGACUUCAACAUCAAAGUGACUUUCUCCACUCUCCUAGGAAUGAAAGGAACACAAAGAGACCCUGAAGCAUUUCUUGUCCAGAUUCUGUCAAAAUCUCAAUUACCAUCAGAGAACAGAGGACAAAAAGUGUUGUGGACUGGUUGGUUCUGCUGUGUAUUUGGAGACAGUCUUCUGGAGACUGUUCCAGAAGAUUUCACCUGUGUACCUUUAUUUCUUGCAAAUGGAGCAGAGACGAAUACAGCCAUAGUUGGAACCUGGUUUCAGGAAACUUUUGAUUGUCAUUUCAGUUCCUUAGCAAUCAAUGCGUUUAAUCUUUCCUGGAUGGCUGCUAUGUGGACUGCAUGCAAAAUGGACCAAUAUAUGGCUACUACUGAAUUUCUUUGGUCUGUACCGUGUAGCCCUCAAAGUCUGGACAUUUCUUAUGCCAUACAUCCAGAGGAUGCAAAAGCUUUGUGGGACAGUGUCCACAAAACACCUGGGGAAGUUACUCAGGAGGAAGUUGACUUAUUCAUGGACUGCCUUUAUUCACACUUCCAUAGGCAUUUCAAAAUUCAUUUAUCAGCCACAAGAUUGGUCCGUGUUUCAACAUCUGUAGCUUCAGCACAUACUGAUGGAAAAAUAAAGAUUCUGUGUCAUAAAUACCUCAUUGGAAUCUUGGCAUAUUUGACAGAACUGGCAAUUUUUCAAAUUGAUUGAGGUCUUGUGGGAACUAUAAAUUAUGGAUUAUAUAACUUUUUCCUCACAGAUUAUUUGCCUAAUUUCUAUGCUGAGAGGAACUGCAGGAGAAACAUGCAUCUAUAUCUGCAUCUGUUUUCCUCUCAGUGCCUUUGGAAUUGCCCAGAUAGAAGCCCAGAAGGAUCUAGAACAAAGAAGGUGGUAGCGAAUGAAUCACAGCUAGGUGUUUAUAUAAUAGUCAUGAUGAUCUGGGAGGCCAGUCUUUAGAAAAUGCUGAAUUGUUAUUUUCUUGGGCCAUCUUAUAUCAAAUUUUUAGGAUUCAAAUGAGAUAUCUCUAAUAUUGAGUGUUUUUUAUUUGGGUCUUUAAAAAGCUUUAAUCCCUUUUAAGCAUUUUAGACUUGGAUUCAGAGAGAAUUUCUGUCUUCUAAAGACAUUUUCCUACUAUCAUUUCACUGUAGAGAGUUGGCAAUCAAAAUCUUCUCCAAAGGAAACUAAAAAUUAAUAUACAUUUAUUAAAGCCACUAAUAUGCUUCUGUUUUUAAUGCUGUUCAAUUCUUAUUGCAAUGUUGAAUUAAAUAUUCACUUUUAAAAUGAAGCAGCAUGUUUAUCAGUGUCUUGGUGGCAGAUCUUUAAUUAAUGUCUCAGGAAUGAGAAGUCAUAGGCUUUUUCUGUAGCACAAAGGUUACAAACCAGCAAUUAUAUAGAACCAUACUUAUAGAAUUGAAAGGGAUCUGUGAGCCUCUUUUGAGAGCAGCAGUUAUCUUGUUUAACUUUCAUGUCCCUAAUUUUGGUUUAGCACAGUGCUUGGUAAAUGUCUGCAGGUUAAGUAAAUGUAUUUUAACCAAAUCUUCCAUUUUAUAGAUGAAAACUAUAAAUUGAACAACUUAGGAGACUUGCCCAAGAUGCUAUGUUUAAAUCUCUUGUUUUAAUUUAUGGAGUAUGGGAACAUUUUGUUUUACUUUAGAAACUCUUUUUUAAAAGUUGUUUGAAAGGAAAUUAAUAGGCUGUCUUUCUAAAAGGUUAACUUUUGGAAUGGAAUAUUAUUUCACAUAUACUAGGAACAGCAGAGAUAGUGGAAAAAGCAUGGGCUUUGAAGUGAGACAGUCAUUCAUUUAACUAAUAUUAAGUUCCUGCUGUGUACUUAGAAUUGUAUUGGGUAACAGGGGUAUAGCAGUGAAGACAAAAAAGAUCCCUGUCAUUUGGAAAUUACAUUCUAGUGGAGGAAGGCAAAAAAUAAAUAAUUUCUGUGGAGAUAAAUACUUAAGGCAGUACAAUAUGGAAAGGGGGUCUCUCUGGGUAGGUGACAUUUGAGCUGGGUCCUGAAUGCUGAGGGAACCAGCUGUGUGAGGAUCUGUGGAAGGGUUUGCUAGGCAGGUGAAAUGGCGAGAGCAAAGGCCUUGAGAUAGGUAAGAGGUUGGCUUAUUUGAGGAAUAAAGGAAGUCUGUGUGGCUGAAGGAAGUCAGGGUGGAGUAGUAUUAGAUGAGACUGAAGAGAUUGUGCAGCAGAGACUUAUUCCAUGGGUAUGUCUCCCAAUUUUUGACUGAGCAUGUGGUUGUCUAGAAUAAAGAUGGUCUUUUCUGGCCUUUCUCUUAGGUAGGUGUAGUCCUAUGACUAAGUUCUGACCCAUGGCAUAUAAAUGGAAGGAUCAGGAAUCUUCCUUAAAAAACAGCAGACAUAUACCCCUUGACGUUUUCUUAUUCUGCCAUCUUUGCUGCUUGGAACACAUAUAAUGACUGGAAUUCUAGCCACUCUUUUUGGUCACGGGGAUGCAGGUCAGGUCAUAGGAAUGGUGGAACAUGGCCUGAAACGAGUUUGUGCCUUGAGGACUUCUUGAGGCUGAACCCCAGUGCCACCCUUGGGCAGUCUUCCUAUGGACCUGUGUGUCAGAGAGGUAAACUUUUAUCUUGUGCAAGCUGGUGCUUAAAGACAUUUUGGGUCUCUUGCUCAUAGCCAAACCUAAUCUUGAUAGAAAGAGGCAGGAUCUACGUCAUCUAAGUUUUUGUAGCUAUUUGUGAAGAGGCUGGAUUUCAUUCUAAAUGCAGUGGGAAGCCAUUGAAGUUUUAAGCAGGAGAGAAUAUUACCUAAUCUGUAUUUUAUAAGAUAUGAGGGAGAAUGAAUUAUAGGUGGACAAGAGUGAAAGGGAAAACAGUUAAAAGAUUGUUAGAAAUGGUACAAAUUCAGUGGAGAAAUUAGCAAUAUCUAGCAAAAUGUUGUAGGAUUUACCCUUUGACAAGUAAUCCCAUUUCUAGAAUUCUAUCCCCAAAACUCCCUGGCAAAAUAUAAAUGAAGCCCGUAUAAGGCUAUUUAUUGCAAUGGUGUUUGGUAGCAAAACUGAAAACAAUCCAAGUGCCCAUCCCAUGGGGAUUGUUUGAAUAAAUUAUGGUAUAGCGACACAAUGAAUUACCACUAUGUAACCAUAAAAAGGUUUGUGGAAGAUAAUCUAAUACUACCAUGGAGUGAUCUUUUUUUUUAAUAGUUUUUUUAUUUUUAUU